AUGAAUGACACGGAAGUCUUCUGCAAAAACAACCAAACAGACAACUCUUCUGACCCGUCAUGUGUGAGCUCGCGCCCUUCACCUUACAGCCACAUCGACAUCACCACUUUCAUGCACAUUUUCCCCACGAUUUACGGCAUCCUCUGCUCCGUUGGAGUUAUCUCUAACGCGCUGGUCAUUUAUGCCGUGAAAGCAUGCAAGAAGAAGAUGGUUUCGGACAUCUAUGUGUUGAACUUGGCGAUAGCUGACAUGCUUUUCCUGCUGGUGAUGCCCUUCAACAUUCACCAGCUGGUCAGGGACAGGCAGUGGGUGUUUGGAAACUUUAUGUGCAAAGCGGUGGUGGUGGUGGAUGUCAGCAACCAGUUCACGACAGUGGGGAUUGUUACCGUGCUCUGCAUUGAUCGAUACAUCGCUAUCGUCCACCCCACCUCAGAGCGGAGGACCAUCCAGUGGACCAUCAUCAUUAACCUGCUGGUGUGGCUGGGCAGCUUUCUCCUCACCGUCCCCGUCAUGAUAUACGCCAAAGUUGUCAAGCGACAGCACUUGGAGGUGUGCAUGAUGUUCCUGGACGGGCCUGAGGACAUGUACUGGUACACUCUCUACCAGUCCAUACUGGGCUACAUCAUCCCUCUCAUUAUCAUCAGUACCUUCUACUCACUCACCCUCUACCAUGUGUUCAGCUCCAUCCGCCGCGUCAAACGGAAGCAGUCAGUUUGGGCCAAAAGAGCCACAAAGAUGGUCCUCAUGGUCAUUGCCUUGUUCCUGGUCUGCUGGUCGCCCUACCAUGUCAUCCAGGUGAUCAAUCUGACCAACAAUACCCCCACCAUCGCCUUCAUCUACGCCUAUAACAUCAGCAUCUGCCUCAGCUACUCCCACAGCUGCAUCAACCCGCUCAUGUUGCUCAUCUUUGCGCAGAAUUACCGCGAGCGUCUCUGCCACAAAAACGUGCUACAGAGUUCGCAGCAGUCAUCCAAGAUGACCGUCGUCAAAGCGGACGGCUCCAGCACGACCAACGACCCCAACUACCGCUGCACUGUCAUCUAACCACAGAAGAUGGCAUGCUUUUUUGUGCAUAGACAUGUAUUCUUUGUCUCUUGAUGGAAAAGGAAGAAGCUUUUGUUAUCCUUAAAAAAUUAAGACUGGGAAUGAAGCUUGAGCAGCAAAAUCAAACAAGUGAAAACAUUUAAAGAAACAGAAAUCACUGCAGGUGAAAGCUGACCCACACCAUCCUCAAUAUCACACCCUGUCUGGAGACACGUACGCACAUUCACACACUUAUUAUGAUGACAUUAAAGACUUCUUAUUCCGUAGUAAUCAUGGACCUAUUAUUGUAAUUAUGUGCUAAAGACAUUCCUUUUUUUCUGUGUUGCCACAUUCUUGUUUGUAUUACAUUUAUUAUCUGCUACCAUGAAAUGAAAAUUAUUUCUUUUAUUUAUUCUUUGUUCUUUCCCUCAAUCCACAACGUCUGCACAUCCAAGCAUUCAUGAACAUGCACAUGCUUUUAGCUUAGGUGUCCUUUCAUGAACUCAGCAGCUUUUUUUUAGCUCUUUCACCCAUUAAUUAUUCUGUUCCUUUCCCUCUAAGCCUUCUCAAUUAUGAGUUAAUCAUGACCAUUUCUUCUGCAAGCUGUUAUUGACAAAAGUGCUCAUUCCUUUAACAGUUUAGU